CGCAUGCCAUCCGUAUGACUGAGAAUGCUCCUCCGCAUGGUAGCAAAAAGGCAUAAGUAGCCAAGAUGCCCCAUCUCGGAGCAAGGCAUCUGUCUGCUCUGCUGAGUUUGGCCCGCGCUCGCGACCAUGGCUACCAACGUGAACGCGCAUCAGUCGGGCCUCAUCGUCCAUCACCGACCCUUUGACGAGUCAGAUUACAUGUACAGUGGUCUACAAGUCGCACCCGAUACUUCCAAUGCUCAGGACCAUACCGCGUCGGCUCCCGAGGUAUAUGAUGCGAGCGCCGCUGACUCUCAAGGACAACCUCUCGGCACGACUGCCACGCAGCACGAGAAACAAUGGGAGAGGUCCCCGACCCCGGGGUUCACGUCUCCCCAGUCAGCGACGUCGCCACACUAUGCCGGCCUCGAGGCCGUGCAUCCAUAUUCAGGAGACGUUGACGUCGAAAGGGGUCUUGCAGAGGAGUCUGAAGCGCGUCACAGAGGCACAAGGUGCUGCGGGCUUCGAAGGAAGACUGCGUGCAUCAUCGCCGCCAUUCUGAUCAGUCUCGUCAUCAUUGGCGUCGGCGUCGGCGUGGGACUUGGUCUUGGGUUGAAGCACAACAGCACUAGUCCCGACGCCGACUCCACGGCCGAUUCCGACAGCUCCGGCAUUUGCCCCAAGUAUGACGGCAAGUCUCAAUCAUUUUUUGACAGCGGCGACGACUUGUCAUGGGGGAGAAGUUAUACAAUUGAAUGUGGGCUCGACGCUGCUGUUGCCUCCACCUCACGACCCUUGUGGCCCGGGAACUCGUCAUCUGUCACCGCCGACUUCAAGGCUUGUAUUUUCAAGUGUGACCAGCAGUCGGGCUGCUUUCUGUUUUCUUACACAUUCCCCGAUCAUAAUUGCACUAUGCUGAAAGCCGAUCCGGUUACUAUGGCCUACAUGUACGAUCUUGAGAACUGGGCUGUUGAUCCAGAAGCAGCAAGCGGCUGGGCUUGAUAGCUAAAAUAAAGUAAGAACAAAUUGC